GUCUCCUGGCGCCGCGCCCUCGCCGACCCCACCUUCCCUGCCCGCUACCGCGCGUUCCACCGGACGCCUCCCGUGCUCGGCGCCUUCUGGGGGGACGCGGUCUUCGUCCCCACCGCGUCGUUCCGCCCGCCCGCCGCCGACCACAGCGGCUGCAACGUGCUCGACUGCCGCCACGGCCGCGUGCUCCUCGAGAACCUCGGCUCCGGGGGCCUCUCCGUCUGGGACCCUAUCACCGGCGACCUGCGCCGCCUCCCGGAUGUGCCCGGCAUCUUCUCGCUCGUCUGCAAUGGCGCGGUGCUCUGCGCCGCGGGCGCGGGCUCCCGCUGCGACCGCCUCGCCUGCCACGGGGGUGCCUUCCUCGUGGCCUUAGUGGGCACCGGCAUCCAAGGGAAAGUGCACGCCUGCCUCUACUCGUCGGAGACCGGUGCGUGGAGCGCACUGACCUCCGCCCCGAUCGAUUACAUCUACCUCCCGCCGGAUUACGCUUACUCCACCACCUCCUGCAUCACCGUCGACAAUGUGCCCGCCGCGCUGUUGGGGAACGAACUCUACUUCAUUGGUGACUUCGGCAAUGAGAUCCUGCGGUGCGACCUGGUCGGGGAAAACCUCGCCGUGGUCGACCCGCCGGACGUGGAGACUUGCUACGACGGCGGCGUCGUCAUGCCGGAGGAGAACGGCAGGCUGGGAUUUGCCUUCGUGAAGGCCAACAGCCUCCAUCUGUGGUUGAUGGAGACGGGCCCUGAACCUGAUGGAUACGGCCGAUGGGAAAAGCGCAGGGUCAUCGAUCUGGAGACGCUGUUCCCAAUUCUCAACCUCUCACCGUAUUUGAGUGGCUUUGUGGAUGCAAUCAACUGCAUUGUUGUGACACCAGGUGAUGCUCUUUACACCAUUGAGCUCAAGACAUUACUGACAAGGAAGGUGUGCAAGACGGAGAAACCCUACUCUUAUUGCUGGCUGUACACUAGUUUCUACAUUCCAGCAUGUGCUAGUGGAAUACUUGCAGCACCUGUGGCCAAUGGAGGCUGAGUGAACUUCUGUGAGCCAUUUGAGGACAUAACCAGGCAAAUGGAAUGCAAAUCCAUCACUGUGCAGUGCUGAUGCUGUCCGGUGUUUUAUUUCCUACUAAGCAUUUGAGCAAAUCUAUCAUCUGCAGAGCUGAGGCUCAUGAGAAAGUUUCAGAGAAGAAUAGUAUCAGCAGUUAUCUUGGUCGACUAGCACUCUUCAAAUCAAAAUUUCUGUUUGUAUGAAUCAAAAACUAUGUUUCAGUUUAUUGCAGUCGUGAGUCUUUUACCGGUCCGUGUGUGGUGCGACCACUAGAAAGUAGAAACUCAAUAUGCCAUGUUUUGCUUGAAAACUGAAUCACUGUUGUUCAAUUUUGGACAAGGUUCCAAAAUAUCAUCAUGAUUAUUACUUAAGAACUGUA